GUGGGGUCUUUUUGUAAAUAAUUACCAAAAGCGCUUCAAAGUUCAGAAACAAAAACUGAUGGACAAGAGUCUAUAUUUUGCUGCGCUCUGGUCCGCGGACUAUCGAGAACACGACCAAACGGAACACACUAUCAAUUAUGAUCACAUUUUGUCGAUUUCGCUGCAGGAUUUCAUCGAUUGGAUACAUCAUUGUAAAAUAUUUAUAUCUACGACGAGAUAUGAUGAAGACGAGCUCAUUCGUCUUUUGAAUCUGUUGGAUCUAAGCAUUCUGUUUGCAGCAGACAAAUUAAUAGAAGAUUCAACUGACAGGAUUGAGAGGCACUGUAUACCACCUAAAUAUGCAAUUCAGAUGUGGAGAUGGACAGAAGAUCUAAAUGUUAAAGUGCUACGAGAUCUUUCAUUGGAUGUCUGCUUAGAUCGUUUCAGUGAACUGCCACUCGAUUCAAUUUAUGACUUGUCGAAGGAGAAUUUUUUAAAAUUAAUUGGAAACAUUAAUAUAAGAGCUACAGAAUCUUAUUUGGUUGACGUUAUACGCGAGUGGAAUAACCGUCAUAAAGAUUUUACAGUUCCUUUAAAUAUCAUUGAAAAUAAGGUAGAAAAGAUAUUACAAAGUUUUAUAUCUUGUGAAGAUGAUGGUGAUAACAAGCGAUAUAUUCAUUGCUGGGAUGGCAAUAAUUUUUUUGAGCUAACUGCAUUCGAAUAUCCUCCAGAUAUUAGAGGAUCUAUUAAAGGAAUGCAGAUCACUGCCAGAAGAUACGAUUUAUAUCUUUGUGGCGGAGAAUAUGGUAUUGGAUCAGGAACGUUUAACAGAAAUGUUUGGCGUUAUUCUUUGAUAUCUAAGAAAUGGAUUCAUGAGACAGUUAUGCCAGUUGAGAGAAGACAUAUGAUUACUGUAUUUUUGAAAGACAAAUUGUAUCUUGUGGGCGGUGUGGGACGGUAUCAACAAAUACUGAAGACUAUUGACAUCUACGAUAUUUAUACAGGUGUGUGGACAUCUUCAGGUACUAGGAUACCAUGUGCUGCGCUUUUCGCGAGUUUAGCCACUAGUGUCCCUGAUCAUGUUGAUUAUAAUAAUCAGCUAUUAAUACCGGAGUAUUUUCCUACGUAUUACAAUAUAUAUAGAUCUGAUGUAGACAAAUGGCAAACGGAAUCUUCGGAUCUUUUUUCACCGGGCAUAAUACUGACCCAACAUGCGUCAUGUUACAUUGAUGUUACUGAUCGACAUAAGAUAGUGUUAAGGGGAUCCUAA